CAGUUACCGAAUCCCCCGGACGUCGAACUCGCGGCUCUCCGAUCUCUGCUGGAAUCGUUCUGAACAAACAACACCACUCAUCACGAUGCCCAAUCCACUGUGGUUCAUCUUCUGGCUGCUGGUCUUCUGGUUCGUCUCCUUCUUCGUGGCCUUCUUCUGCGCCUUCUUCUACAUCUGGGUGUAUGCCUUCGCCUCCUGCAUUCCCGCCCUGACGGGCAUAUCGGAAAUUCUGCUGCAGGGCGUCCAGUUUCCGUUCUACUGCGGCAAGGCCAUGUUGGAGGGCAAACAGGCUUUCUAAGGGACAUCCCGCUGGCGUUUCCGUACUCUAAGUGCCUUACUGAUAACUCUCUUGUUUUCAAUCAUUUUUACAAUAAAGUUUAAUUAACUAAUAUUUAUAAAUA